GUGAGAACCCCUGCUGUGGCUCCAGAACGCAGCUGAAGUUGCAGCAGCGUGAGAGAAGAACCAUGUAGCUCUGUCGGAGGGUUUGGAUCGAAGAGCAGAGAGAAAAAAGAAAUAUGAGGAAGAUCUCUCCAGACAAAGACCGGAGGCCAGGUCUGGCACUGGCAUUAGAGCAUAUGAAGACUGUGACGCUGCUGGAAUCGAGGAACAGAAGAGGGGAUGCCGGAGUCUGAGCGCAGCUCCUCUCUCAUUCAUGCUGAGCGCUGCUCUCCUGUGCGCACGGAGCUGCAGAGCUGAGCUUUGGAACCUCGUACCGCCGCCGCCGCUGCUGCUGUCUGACAAGCCCGCUGGGAAUGGAAAUGUCUUCUGCUGCCACUCUCACAUCCCACUAACAUGCCAAACAGGACGGACGCGACGGAGGGAUUGAUGCGGCUAAAAGCAGUCAAGGCUGAAGAUCAGGGGAUGAGGUUAUAAAACUACAGCGGAGAAAGGAGGAAAAAAAAACAGGAAGAGGAAGUUGACUGCUUGGAAACUCUUCUUUUGUAUCAUCAUACCCUGCAGUCCUAUAAGGCACUGACUGACCCUGACGUGGAUUACACAGUCAAAAAUACACCCACACGUUCACACCUCCCCUCCCCUCACUGCCAUGUCCUCCUACCUGAACCCACCCUUCCUCGUCCUCCUAAUCUUCACUCUGCUCCUCUCCCUUUCCAUGCCCUCCACCUCCACUCUCUCUUCCUCCUCCUCCCCCCUCCUCUCCUUCUCCCCACCCGAAGGAGGUCUCACACAUUUGGUGGUGCACAACAAAACCGGCGAGGUCUACCUGGGCGCUGUCAACUGGAUCUACAAGCUGUCCAGCAAUCUCACCAAGUUACGAAGCCAUGUUACAGGCCCUGUGACAGACAACCCUCGCUGUUACCCUCCACCUGGUGUGCAGUCCUGCCCUCAUGAGCUGGUGCAAACCUCUAAUGUCAAUAAACUCCUGCUACUUGAUGCUGCUCAUAACCGCUUAAUUGCCUGUGGGAGUACUUCCCAGGGAAUAUGCCAAUUCCUGCGUCUGGAAGACUUAUUUAAGCUCGGUGAGCCCCACCACCGUAAAGAGCAUUAUCUAUCCAGUGUUGCUGAAGCAGGCACCAUGUCAGGUGUAGUGAUCUCCCCGAAUAUUUUUGGUGAGGGUGGAAAACUAUUCGUCGGCACACCCAUCGAUGGGAAAUCUGAGUACUUCCCAACGCUGUCCAGCCGCAAGUUAAUGUCCAAUGAGGAGAAUGCAGACAUGUUUAGCUUCGUCUACCAGGAUGAGUUUGUUUCCUCGCAGCUCAAGAUUCCCUCAGACACGCUCUCCAAGUUCCCAGCAUUCGACAUCUACUAUAUCUACGGCUUCAACAGUGAGCAGUUUGUGUAUUAUCUCACCUUACAGCUUGACACCCAACUCACCUCGCCAGAUGCAAGCAGCGAACAGUUCUUCACCUCUAAAAUUGUUCGCCUGUGUGUUGACGAUCCUAAGUUCUACUCCUACGUUGAAUUCCCCAUCGGCUGCACCAAGGACGGAGUGGAAUACCGCUUGGUUCAGGAUGCUUAUUUAGCCCGACCGGGGAGCCGCUUGGCACGUUCGCUGGGUAUUCAAGAACACGAAGAGGUUCUAUUUACUGUAUUUGCCCAGGGUCAGAAGAACAGAGCCAAACCACCCAAGGAGUCCGCUUUGUGUCUAUUCACGAUGAGACGGAUAAAGGAGAAGAUUAAAGAGAGGAUUCAGUCGUGCUACAGAGGAGAGGGGAAACUCUCCCUACCCUGGCUUCUAAACAAGGAGCUGGCCUGCAUCAACUCGCCUCUGCAGAUAGACGAUAACUUCUGCGGCCAGGACUUCAACCAGCCUCUAGGGGGCACCACUGCCAUCGAGGGCAUCCCGCUUUAUGUGGACAAGGACGACGGCAUGACCUCCGUGGCGGCCUAUGACUACCGCGGACACACUGUGGCAUUCACUGGCACUCGCAGCGGACACAUGAAGAAGAUCCUUGUGAACUCCAUUACCCAACCUGCCUUGCUGUAUGAGAAUGUGGUGGUGAGCGAUGGAAGCUCCCUUCUUCGAGAUCUUCUCUUCAGCCCGGAUCAUCAGUACUUAUACACCCUCAACGAUAAACAGGUUACACGUGUACCAGUGGAGAGCUGUGAGCAGUACACCUCCUGUGGAGCCUGUCUGGGAUCAGGAGACCCUCACUGUGGCUGGUGUGUGCUGCAUAAUGUAUGCUCGAGGAAGGAUCACUGUGAGCGAGCAGAGGAACCUCAGCGUUUCACCACCAGAGUGGAGCAGUGCGUCCGACUCUCCGUCCAUCCUGACACCGUCUCUGUCACCAUGUCAGAAGUGCAGUUGGUACUUCAGACACAGAAUGUGCCCAGUCUGUCUGCUGGAGUGAACUGCUCAUUCGAGGACUACAUAGAGACGGAGGGACGCAUCUAUGGUGGACGCAUCUUCUGCCUGUCGCCCUCUACAAAGGAGGUGGCCCCCAUCACACGAGACCAGGGUGAUCAACGUGUGAUAAAGUUGUAUCUGAAGUCGAAGGAGACAGGAAAGAAGUUUGCCAGUGUGGACUUUGUUUUCUACAACUGCAGCGUCCACCGAUCGUGUCUGUCAUGUGUAAAUGGAAACUUCCCAUGUCACUGGUGCAAAUAUCGCCACAUGUGCACGCAGGAUGCCAGCGACUGCUCCUUCCAGGAGGGACGAGUCAACACCUCUGAGGAGUGUCCCCAGAUCCUUCCCUCCACUCAGAUCUACAUCCCUGCUGGCGUCAUGAGGCCGAUCACCCUGCUGGCCCAGAACCUGCCGCAGCCUCAGUCUGGACAGAGGAACUACGAGUGCAUCUUCCACAUCCAGGGCAACACGCACAGCGUCCCGGCUCUGAGGUUCAACAGCACCAGCAUACAGUGUCAGAAGACCACGUACGACUACGAGGGCGGCGACAUCGGUGACCUGCCGGUCGACCUCUCCGUGGUGUGGAAUGGAAACUUCGUCAUUGACAAUCCGUUCAACAUUCAAGCUCAUCUUUACAAGUGCAGAGCGCUGCGGGACAGCUGCGGUAUGUGCCUGAAGGCUGACCCCAGGUUUGAGUGUGGCUGGUGUGUCGUGGACAGGAAGUGCUCCCUCAGGCAGGAGUGUAAUGGCGGAGCAAACUCCCACCUCCCGCUGCAGCUGGAAGGUGGAGGGUGGAUGCACGCCACCUCUGGAAACAGCCGCUGCACCCAUCCAAAGAUCACAAAGUUGUUCCCUGAGACUGGGCCUCGCCAAGGGGGAACCAGGGUGACCAUCCUGGGGGAGAACCUGGGUCUGCAGUUCAGAGACAUCCAGAUGGGCGUCAGGUUGGGCAAAGUGCCCUGUGUGCCUAUUGAGGAGGAGUAUGUGAGCGCUGAGAGAAUAGUGUGUCUGCUGAACGACGCUACCGGCUACAGGGUCCAAGAGGCUCAGGUGGAGGUGUGCGUGAGGGACUGCGUCAACGACUAUAGAGCCCUGUCGCCAAGGCCAUUCACCUUCGUGACUCCAUACUUCACACGUAUCCAGCCAUCUCAGGGGCCCAUCUCUGGUGGCACCAGGGUCACCAUCGAGGGAAGCAACCUGAACGCAGGCAGUUAUGUGUCUGUCAGCAUAGGACCACAGCCUUGCUACUUCAAAAAGAGGAAUGCCCGUGAGAUAGUGUGUGUGACCCCAGCUGGAUUGGCACCAGGCACUUCAUCGGUCCUGGUGGACAUCGACGACGCUGAGCUGAGAAACCCUGAAGUCAAGUUUAACUAUACUGAAGACCCCACUGUCCUGAGGAUUGAACCUGACUGGAGCAUUGCCAGUGGUGGAACUCUGCUGACAGUAAGCGGUACCAACCUCGCAACCAUCCGAGAACCAAAGAUAAGGGCCAAGUAUGGGCAGGCGGAAUCGUUUCAUAACUGUACGGUGUAUAACAACUCAGUCAUGGUGUGCCUCGCCCCAUCGGUGGCCGAUUCAGAGCUGGGUUUUUCAGAGACCGGCACAGGCCCGGACGAGAUCGGGUUCUACAUGGACAACGUGAAUGCUCUGGUUGUGGUGAACGAGACAUUCAGCUACUACCCCGACCCCGUGUUUGAGCCGCUCAGUCCUUCUGGAAUACUGGAGCUCAAACCCACAUCACCACUCAUUCUCAAGGGUCGUAACCUGAUCCCAGCGGCUCCGGGUAACAGUCGCCUGAACUACACGGUGCUGAUUGGAGAGACUCCCUGUGUCCUCACCCUGUCUGAGAGCCAGCUGCUGUGUGAAUGGCCCAACCUCACUGGACAACACAAAGUCACGAUCCGUGCUGGCGGGUUCGAGUACUCCCCCGGGACUCUUCACAUCUACUCAGACAGCCUUCUGACACUUCCCGCCAUCAUCGGUAUUGGAGGGGGUGGCGGCCUGCUCCUGUUGGUCAUCAUCGCUGUUCUGAUAGCCUAUAAGAGGAAGUCGAGGGACGCUGACCGAACACUGAAACGUCUUCAGCUCCAGAUGGACAACCUGGAGUCCAGAGUGGCCCUGGAGUGUAAAGAAGCUUUUGCUGAGCUUCAGACCGACAUCCAUGAGCUGACCCAGGAGCUGGACGGUGCUGGAAUCCCCUUCCUCGACUAUCGGACUUAUGCAAUGAGGGUCCUGUUCCCCGGGAUCGAGGACCACCCCGUGCUUAAGGAGAUGGAGGUACGGGUUCAGGCAAAUGUUGAGAAGGCACUGACGCUGUUUGGCCAGCUGCUGACGAAGAAGCACUUCCUGUUGACGUUUAUACGAACUCUGGAGGCGCAAAGGUCGUUCUCAAUGCGAGACAGAGGCAACGUGGCAUCUCUGAUCAUGACGGCCCUGCAGGGGGAGAUGGAGUACGCCACUGGAGUCCUGAAACAGUUGCUGUCCGACCUGAUUGACAGAAAUCUGGAGAGCAAAAACCAUCCAAAACUGCUGCUCCGGAGAACGGAGUCUGUCGCUGAGAAGAUGCUGACCAACUGGUUUACAUUUCUGCUGUAUAAGUUCCUCAAGGAGUGUGCUGGGGAGCCUCUGUUCAUGCUUUACUGUGCCAUCAAGCAGCAGAUGGAGAAGGGACCCAUCGACGCCAUCACAGGAGAAGCCCGCUACUCCCUCAGUGAGGACAAGCUCAUCAGGCAGCAGAUUGACUACAAAACACUGACGUUGCACUGUGUAAACCCAGAGAAUGAGAAUUCCGCCGAGGUGACGGUCAAGUGUCUGAACUGUGACACCAUCACUCAGGUCAAAGAGAAGCUGCUCGAUGCUGUGUAUAAGGGCAGCCCCUAUUCACAAAGGCCAAAGGCUUCUGACAUGGACCUGGAAUGGCGUCAAGGUCGAAUGGCCAGAAUCAUUCUGCAAGACGAAGACGUCACGACUAAGAUCGACAACGACUGGAAACGCCUCAACACGCUGGCUCACUAUCAGGUGACGGACGGCUCAGUGAUCGCCCUGGUGCCAAAGCAGAACUCUGCCUACAACAUCUCCAACUCGUCCACCUUCACCAAGAGCCUCAGCAGAUACGAGAGUAUGCUGAGGACAGCCAGCAGUCCAGACAGCCUACGAUCCCGAACGCCCAUGAUCACGCCCGACCUGGAGAGUGGCACCAAACUGUGGCAUCUGGUGAAGAACCACGACCACUCGGACCAGAGGGAGGGCGACCGGGGAAGCAAGAUGGUCUCUGAGAUCUACCUGACCAGGCUGCUCGCUACGAAAGGUACGUUACAGAAGUUUGUGGACGACCUGUUUGAGACCAUCUUCAGCACGGCACACAGAGGCAGUGCGCUUCCCCUCGCCAUCAAGUACAUGUUCGACUUCCUGGACGAGCAGGCCGACAAACACUCCAUCAAUGACUACGACGUACGACACACUUGGAAGAGCAACUGUCUUCCUCUGCGUUUCUGGGUGAACGUGAUCAAAAACCCCCAGUUUGUGUUUGACAUUCACAAGAACAGCAUCACGGAUGCCUGUCUGUCUGUGGUGGCCCAGACAUUCAUGGACUCCUGUUCAACAUCAGAACACAAACUGGGAAAAGAUUCACCUUCAAAUAAGCUUCUCUACGCUAAAGACAUCCCCAACUACAAGAACUGGGUGGAAAGGUAUUACUCUGACAUCUCCCGCAUGCCGGCCAUCAGCGACCAGGACAUGAGUGCCUACCUAGCAGAGCAGUCCCGCCUGCACCUCAGCCAGUUCAACAGCAUGUCUGCGCUGCAUGAGAUCUACUCCUACAUCAUCAAAUACAAGGAUGAGAUCCUUUCAGCGUUGCAGAAGGACGAACAGUCGCGCAGACAGCGGCUACGCGGAAAGCUGGAGCAGGUGAUCGACACCAUGGCUCUGGCCAGCUGAGGACCAGCCAAUUGCGCUACUGGGCUAGCAGAGAACUGGCCAACCAACAACACACCUUCCCUGACAACCGUUGAUGCCCCGCGACAUUUAGACCCUCGAUGUUAGAAGUCUCUUGCUGUCGCCCUCGUAAACAACAACAAACAAGUGCAGCAGAAAAGACUGCCAGGACACAAGCACCCAGCAGCAGCAGCACACUGGAGAGAUAGCAGAGUUUGGAACUAAGGCCCCGCCGGUUGGGUUGGUGUAUUCUUUUCUGUUUUGUUUUUUUGUUUUUUUUCUGAGCCAACAACCCAGCCCUGAACAACCAAAUCAAACGCACCGACAGCCUCAGCAGAUAUGGUCCUCAGCUCAGGAGAGAGUUCAUUUUAAUCAAGGCCCCUCAUCCCAUGGAGAGUCCUACAGAAGCAGCAGCUGGGUACUUUGGCUACAAUCAGGAGCAGUACAUGCACAGUGGCGAACAGGAACUCAUGGAGCUGGUUGCAGAGCUGAAACACUGCAGGGUGAAAGGUACAAGAAACCAGCGAGUAGCUUUCCACAGCCAAAGCUACGGUUCAAACUGUGGGCCAAUAAAAAUCCAGGAUGUGAUAUCCCAAUACUUGAUCCCUUUCUCUUUUCUGUUGCUGUCCUCCAUGGGGAGGUCAGUGGUCAGGGACAGCUACAGAGCAGCAGCCAUGGAACUGGUAGAAAUCCAGUGUGUUGCUCAAAGACACUUCAGCAGGGCGGACACUUGGCUGCCACCGCAGAGCAACCACGAGGAAGGACUUUGCAGGGAGACUCUUCCUCCAGUACUGACUCUCUAUCAUCAAGAUCUCUAACAAAGGACAUCCUCAGUUUCACCACUCUGCUUUUGAUUUGUUAUUGUAUUCGAUUCCGUUGCUCCCUCAACUGCCUACUCUCCCUAGUGCUGUGCCACUUGUGUUACUGCUGAAUUUGCACAACAAAGCUAAAUCAAAAGAGAGAAGAGGAUAUAUGAAU